GCUGUUAAAGUGCAGUUUCAUGUCACUGCCUUCUCAAACACCUUACAAAAGACACUAUUUAUCAGAUUUUGAAAAGCAAACAUGGUCACAAUAUCUCUUGUUCUGCUUCUGCUUUCAGUCCAGUGGUCCUGGGCUCAGGAAGACCCUCUUUUGCCUUUCUCUGAACACCUGGAUCCCAAUCAGAAGGUGCAGCUUAAGUGGGGAUUUGAUGAGAUCCAGGGCACAAUCUUGUUCGAGCUCACGGUCAGCACCAGCGGCUGGGUCGGUUUUGGCUUCAGCCCCAAAGGAGGAAUGACGGGAGCCGAUAUGGUCAUUGGAGGAGUUGGACCCAAAGGCAGUUACUUCAUGGAUCGUCAUGCUGGGGGGAAUUCAAUGCCAGUGAUUGACCAGAAACAGAACUACGAACUCCGGUCCCUGACCGAGUCUGAUGGGAAAACAGUCAUGAAGUUUCAGAGGUCCAUCGAGGCUUGUGAUGAAAACGACUUAACCAUCACUAAUGUCCCCAUGAAGCUGAUCUAUGCGUAUGGACAGACUGAUGACAUCACGUACCACAGCGCCCAAAGAGGCACAAAGGAGCUGAACCUGUUGAAGUACAUGCCUCGGGUCAACCCUCCAAACAGCAAGUAUUUCGACUUGACUAUGAUCAAUUUCACUGUUCCAGCCAACCAAACCCACUAUCACUGCAAGAUCAUGAAAGCCCCAACAUUUGAUCGCAAACAGCACAUUUAUCGCAUUGAGCCGGUGAUCAAAAACUUUGACCUUGUGCAUCACCUGCUGCUGUACCGCUGCCCUCUGAGCGUGACCGAGCCGCUUGAGGCGGAGUGUUACAAAUCGUUAAGAACCAGCUUGUGUAUGGAGACCAUAGCAGUGUGGGGAGUUGGUGGAGGGGCUUUUGAACUCCCUGAAGUGGCAGGACUUCCAAUUGGAGGAAAUGUUGGUGAUUUUUUCUAUAGGCUUGAAGUGCAUUACAACAAUGCUAAUAAAAGUAAAGGUCGAGUUGAUAACUCAGGUCUGCGAUUCUAUCACACAUCUGAACUCCGUCAGCACGAUGCAGCUGUUUUGGGGACAGGGCUUGUAGUAGCUCCUGGGUACGCCAUCCCACCCAAAGCCAAAUCCUUCCUCACGUAUGGCUUGUGUGACACUGCUUAUAUUCCAGAGGUUCUGGAGACACCAACUGAUCUUCAGGUUUUCUCUGUGAUGCUGCACACACACUUAGCUGGACGGAAGGUGCGAGUCGGACACUUCAGAGGUGAAAAACAGAUUGAUUUCUUAGCUGCGGAUGAAAACUAUGAUUUUGAAUAUCAGGACGUAACAAAUUUGGGCAAAACUAAGACAGUGAAGUUGGGUGACAAAUUGCUGGUGGAGUGCACUUACAACACUGAAAACCGCAGCACACUCACAUGGGGGGGGCUCUCAACCUCAGAUGAGAUGUGUUUGGCCUUCCUUUUCUACUAUCCAGCUAUGAAUCUGAGCGGCUGUAUGAGCUUCCCCAAUACAACUACUUUAAGAUCUGAGAUGGGAACGCCAGCUCUAAAUACUUGGCUCAAUAUGAUGUCCAGUAAGACUUGGAAUGACACGUCUAUCAAUCAAUACCAACAAACACUGAAGAGAAUCGACCAGCUUGUUGUAAUUGCUGAUUCAUUUAAAAACAUAUCACGCAACACAGGGCUGAUUCCUAACCUCAGUGUCAUCCCGUCUGCACCCUGCAUGAGCGGUUGUGACACCAAAACAACUGCUUUCCUAUGGUUGCUUCUCUGUUUGUUAGUGCAGUUCAUGCAAAAAUAUUACUGAUGUAACCUGCUGUUCUAUUCAUGUCAAAGAUUAGAAGUCAAUCAAUCUAGAUUAGGAGCUCCUUGCAGCUCCACCCUCAAAGGUUUAAUAGUUUCAAUAGCCAAAGAUCCAAUA